GGUUGCAUCACAAAGAUACUCUGAGACCGAGUUAGGACAAUGUAUGAAAAUGUCCCAACAGUCUCCACAGUGGAGCGCCAGCAGAUAUUGCAGGCUUUGGAGCGGCUUCAGGCCAAGAUGGCCCAGAGGGAGGAGUGGACCCACAGUGAGAGGCUGGGGGUGCUGAGGGAUGCUCUACAGAGCCCACUGCUAGGACACAUCCUCACGCUGCAGCAUUCAAUCAAACAACUCAAAGACCAGCUGAACUGCAUGCCUCCAGACACCUGCAGUGAUUUCAGCUUCUCUAGGAAGGGCCAGCUGAUUGUCAGUGCCAGCCGCCCAGCCAGCAGCCUGUGCACGUCCGGCCCCGGCUCUGUGUUGUCCAACGGCUCGGCCCUUGCCUCCCCCGACCAGCUCCAGAGAUGGUUCUGCACCUCCGCUAAGGGGAGGCAGACAGAGCACAUCAGCCUGCCCAAGCCCUUGUCUGGGGGCCUGGGCUUCAGUGUGGUGGGCCUAAGGGCUGAAGGGACAGGGGGCCACGGGGUCUUCAUCAGACAGGUCCAGCCUAGGAGCAUCGCAUACUGGGAUGGGCGCAUACAGGAGAACGACCAGAUCCUGGUGAUCAACGGGACGCCCUUGGACCAGAGUGUCACCCAGCAUCAGGCCAUCGCUCUCCUGCAGCAGCCUGGGGACAGGGUGGAUCUAGUGGUGGCCAGGGACCCUGCCACCAUCACACAGCAUACAAACACCCCCCCGCCCCCACUCCCGCCUGGGCCCAGUCACAAGGAGCAGUGGGGCCACAUGGAGGAGAUCGAGCUGCUGAACGACGGCUCGGGCCUGGGCUUUGGGAUUGUUGGAGGCAAGGCCACUGGGGUGGUGGUGAGGACUCUGGUUCCAAACAGUGUGGCUGACAAGGAUGGGCGCCUGCGUACAGGUGACCACAUCCUGCGUAUUGGUGAGACCCCCACAGGUGGCCUGACCAGCGACCAGGUGGUCAAGGUGCUGCAGGGCUGCGGGAGCCACGUGCGCAUGCUCAUCGCCCGUGACCCCUCGGGACAGCACUCCACCUCCCCGCCACCCCCUCCCCCGCCCGCCACCAGCCCCGUCUCUGCCUUACCCGCUGGAGUCAAACCCCAGAGCAGGGUCAGCAGGACGCCCAACCUGGAGGGUUAUGAGAUCCAUGAAGUGCCUCUGAGGAAGGAGGGCCAGAGCCUGGGGAUCACCAUCAUCGGAUACAACUUCUUAACCUGCGAAGACGCGGUCGGCGUGUUUGUGAAGAACGUGGUUCCUGGGAGUGCCGCUGAGCAGAGCGGAAACAUCCGGAUCUAUGACAGGAUCAUAGAGCUGGACGGGGUGAGCCUGCAGGGCUUCACUAACCAGGAGGUUCUGGAGGUGAUGAAGCAGACAGGCCAGACGGUCCACCUCACCCUGGUCAGGAAGAUAGCCUCGCCCAAACUGUCACUGGAGAGGACCCUGGACAAAGGUGUGGAGGAGAUAUCUCUGUCUGAGCUGAAGGACAAAUGGGAGCAGUCUCUGGGGCAACAGUACGAUGUUCUGGUGGUUGAACUGGACCCUGUUAUUGAAGAUGAUGCUGAACUACAGAAUUACUCCAAGCUGCUACCCAUCCACACCAUGCGUCUGGGGGUGGAGUUGGACUCGUUUGACGGCCACCACUACAUCUCCUCUGUGGCCCCAGGGGGCCCUGUGGCCAAACACGGCCUCCUGAGACCAGAGGACGAACUACUAGAGGUAAACGGGGUGCAGCUGUACGGCAAGUCGAGGCGCGAGGCGGUUGCGUUCCUUCGUGAGGUUCCCCCUCCCUUCACCCUGGUGUGCUGCAGACACCUGACAGAGGAGAACUCAGACUACCAGCCUGACCGGGACGAUGAGUGGCGCUCGCCCAGCACCGCUGCCAGCCUCUCUGAGGACCAAGCCACCCUAAAGGAGAUCUCAGAGGAGGAGCAAGCGCCCACAUACCCCAGCCACCAGAAGGAGAAAGUGCAUGAGGAAGGAGAAGAGGAGGAGGAUGAAGAGGGAGAGCUGGCUCUGUGGUCCCCAGACAUCCAGUUGUUGGAGCUGGAGAAGAGAGAGAGAGGCCUGGGCUUCAGCAUCCUAGACUACCAGGACCCUCUGGACAGGGCAGGCUCGGUCAUCGUCAUCCGCUCCCUGGUGCCCGGCAGUGUGGCAGAGCGCCAUGGGUACAUGCUCCCCGGGGACCAGCUGGUGUUUGUCAACGACACCUAUCUGGACACGGUGAGCCUGUCCCAGGCCAUGGAGGUGCUGAAUGCCGCUCCGUCUGGAACAGUAUACCUAGGCAUCCGCAAGCCACUGGUGGUACGUGGAAGGGACCGAGGAAAGGGGACUUGGGGACCUGGGGCUCCAAAGGAAAGGGGACUUGGGGACCUGGGGCUCCAGAGGACAGAGGAAAGGGGACAUGGGGACCUGGGGCUCCAGAGGACAGAGGAAAGGGGACUUGGGGACCUGGGGCUCCAGAGGACAGAGGAAAAGGGACUUGGGGACCUGGGGCUCCAGAGGACAGGGGAAAGGGGACUUGGGGACCUGGGGCUCCAGAGGACAGAGGAAAAGGGACUUGGGGACCUGGGGCUCCAGAGGACAGGAAAGGGGACUUGGGGACCUGGGGCUCCAGAGGAAAGGGGACUUGGGGACCUGGGGCUCCAGAGGACAGAGGAAAGGGAACUUGGGGACCUGGGGCUUCAGAGGAAAGGGGACAUGGGGACCUGGGGCUCCAGAGGAAAUGGGACUUGGGGACCUGGGGCUCCAGAGGACAGAGGAAAGAGAACUUGGGGACCUGGGGCUCCAGAGGAAAGGGGACUUGGGGACCUGGGGCUCCAGAGGAAAAGGGACUUGGGGACCUGGGGCUCCAGAGGAAAAGGGACUUGGGGACCUGGGGCUCCAGAGGAAAAGGGACUUGGGGACCUGGGGCUCCAGAGGAAAAGGGACUUGGGGACCUGGGGCUCCAGAGGAAAGGGACUUGGGGACCUGGGGCUCCAGAGGACAGAGGAAAUGGGACUUGGGGACCUGGGGCUCCAGAGGACAGAGGAAAAGGGACUUGGGGACCUGGGGCUCCAGAGGACAGAGGAAAAGGGACUUGGGGACCUGGGGCUCCAGAGGACAGGGGAAAGGGGACUUGGGGACCUGGGGCUCCAGAGGACAGAGGAAAAGGGACUUGGGGACCUGGGGCUCCAGAGGACAGGAAAGGGGACUUGGGGACCUGGGGCUCCAGAGGAAAGGGGACUUGGGGACCUGGGGCUCCAGAGGACAGAGGAAAGGGAACUUGGGGACCUGGGGCUUCAGAGGAAAGGGGACAUGGGGACCUGGGGCUCCAGAGGAAAUGGGACUUGGGGACCUGGGGCUCCAGAGGACAGAGGAAAGAGAACUUGGGGACCUGGGGCUCCAGAGGAAAAGGGACUUGGGGACCUGGGGCUCCAGAGGAAAAGGGACUUGGGGACCUGGGGCUCCAGAGGAAAAGGGACUUGGGGACCUGGGGCUCCAGAGGAAAGGGACUUGGGGACCUGGGGCUCCAGAGGAAAGGGGACUUGGGGACCUGGGGCUCCAGAGGAAAGGGGACUUGGGGACCUGGGGCUCCAGAGGAAAGGGGACUUGGGGACCUGGGGCUCCAGAGGACAGGGACUUGGGGACCUGGGGCUCCAGAGGACAGAGGAAAAGGGACUUGGGGACCUGGGAGGACAGGGACUUGGGGACCUGGGGCUCCAGAGGACAGAGGAAAAGGGACUUGGGGACCUGGGGCUCCAGAGGACAGGAAAGGGGACUUGGGGACCUGGGGCUCCAGAGGACAGAGGAAAGGGAACUUGGGGACCUGGGGCUUCAGAGGAAAGGGGACAUGGGGACCUUGGGCUCCAGAGGAAAGGGGACUUGGGGACCUGGGGCUCCAGAGGACAGAGGAAAGAGAACUUGGGGACCUGGGGCUCCAGAGGAACGGGGACUUGGGGACCUGGGGCUCCAGAGGAAAGGGGACUUGGGGACCUGGGGCUCCAGAGGAAAAGGGACUUGGGGACCUGGGGCUCCAGAGGAAAAGGGACUUGGGGACCUGGGGCUCCAGAGGAAAAGGGACUUGGGGACCUGGGGCUCCAGAGGAAAGGGACUUGGGGACCUGGGGCUCCAGAGGAAAGGGGACUUGGGGACCUGGGGCUCCAGAGGAAAGGGGACUUGGGGACCUGGGGCUCCAGAGGACAGGGACUUGGGGACCUGGGGCUCCAGAGGACAGAGGAAAAGGGACUUGGGGACCUGGGAGGACAGGAAAGGGGACUUGGGGACCUGGGGCUCCAGAGGAAAGGGACUUGGGGACCUGGGGCUCCAGAGGAAAGGGACUUGGGGACCUGGGGCUCCAGAGGAAAGGGGACUUGGGGACCUGGGGCUCCAGAGGACAGAGGAAAGGGAACUUGGGGACCUGGGGCUUCAGAGGAAAGGGGACAUGGGGACCUGGGGCUCCAGAGGAAAGGGGACUUGGAGACCUGGGGCUCCAGAGGACAGAGGAAAAGGGACUUGGGGACCUGGGGCUCCAGAGGACAGAGGAAAGGGGACUUGGGGAUCUGGGGCUCCAGAGGACAGAGGAAAAGGGACUUGGGGACCUGGGGCUCCAGAGGACAGGAAAGGGGACUUGGGGACCUGGGGCUCCAGAGGAAAGGGGACUUGGGGACCUGGGGCUCCAGAGGACAGAGGAAAGGGAACUUGGGGACCUGGGGCUUCAGAGGAAAGGGGACAUGGGGACCUGGGGCUCCAGAGGAAAGGGGACUUGGGGACCUGGGGCUCCAGAGGACAGAGGAAAUAGAACUUGGGGACCUGGGGCUCCAGAGGAAAGGGGACUUGGGGACCUGGGGCUCCAGAGGAAAAGGGACUUGGGGACCUGGGGCUCCAGAGGAAAAGGGACUUGGGGACCUGGGGCUCCAGAGGAAAGGGACUUGGGGACCUGGGGCUCCAGAGGACAGGAAAGGGGACUUGGGGACCUGGGGCUCCAGAGGAAAGGGACUUGGGGACCUGGGGCUCCAGAGGAAAGGGACUUGGGGACCUGGGGCUCCAGAGGAAAGGGGACUUGGGGACCUGGGGCUCCAGAAGAAAGGGACUUGGGGACCUGGGGCUCCAGAGGAAAUGGACUUGGGGACCUGGGGCUCCAGAGGAAAGGGACUUGGGGACCUGGGGCUCCAGAGGAAAGGGACUUGGGGACCUGGGGCCCCAGAGGAAUGGGACUUGGGGACCUGGGGCUCCAGAGGAAAGGGACUUGGGGACCUGGGGCUCCAGAGGACAGGGACUUGGGGACCUGGGGCUCCAGAGGACAGGAAAGGGGACUUGGGGACCUGGGGCUCCAGAGGAAAGGGGACUUGGGGACCUGGGGCUCCAGAGGAAAGGGACUUGGGGACCUGGGGCUCCAGAGGAAAGGGACUUGGGGACCUGGGGCUCCAGAGGAAAGGGACUUGGGGACCUGGGGCUCCAGAGGACAGAGCGAGGACAGUGGAGGAGGAAGGUGGAGAUGGUACUGUGGAGAAGCUGGAGUCCAGAGCCCUCUUUGAUCAGCUCUCUCUAGGUCAGUCUGUGAAUUCCUGGGUGGAGACUGCGGACAGCGAGGCGGACUCAGACUCCAGGAACGGAAGAUCAGAACUCAUCCUCACAGACACAGACACAGAUGAUCUACCUGAGAGGGAGGAAGGAGAGGGAAAGGAAACCCCUGCCUUCAGUCACUGGGGACCCCCACGCAGAGUGGAGGUGUGGCAGGAGGAUGGCGAGUCUCUUGGCAUCAGCAUCGUGGGCGGGCAAAGCGUCAUCAAGAGACUGAAGAACGGAGAGGAACUCAAGGGCAUCUUUAUCAAACAGGUACUGCCGGAGAGCCCAGCAGGACGCACUCGCUCCCUCAAGACUGGAGACAAGAUAGUGCAGUGUCAGGUAUCAGGUGUGGACCUCCAGAAUGUCAGUCAUGAGGAGGCAGUCCAGGUCAUCAAGACAGCUCCCAGUCCCGUGGUCUUCAUCGUUCAGAGCCUCUCUGCCACGCCAAGGCCUGUCUCACUAACGGCGCCCAGUUACAGAAAACACAAGGCAAAGAGCAGAGUCAUGCCGAAAGCAGAAGUAGGAGGGGCCCCUCCCCCGAUGAGACUCCCACCGCCCUACCGGCCACCCGGUCAGCUGACAGAGGACCAGGACGAAGAGCUGGAGGGAGUCAAAGAGCGGAUCAGGUUGCGUUACGGGGAGCUGUGCGGGGAGCUGCUGUGUGUGGAGCUGGACAGGGAGCGUCAGGGCCUGGGUCUGAGCCUGGUGGGCAACCGCGACCGCUCCUGCCUCAGCAUCUUCGUGGUAGGCAUCAGCCCCGGGGGCCCCGCCGCCAAGGACGGACGCAUCCGCGUAGGGGACGAGCUGCUGGAGAUCAACAACCAGGUCCUGUAUGGCCGCAGCCACCUGAAUGCAUCGGCCAUCAUCAAGAGCGCCUCGUCCAAGGUCAAGAUCACCCUGAUCAGGUAG